AAAUCUGAUGAUGUUCUUAAAACGCCUAAAAAAGUAGAAGAACCUGUUAAGAAGAUCUCUACUUCGGCUGAAGUAGAAAAGAAAGAAUCAUCUGAGAGCGAUACAGAGAGCGAAAGCGAAAGUGAAUCAGAAUCCGAGGAUGAGAGUGAGGAAGAUAGUGAGGUAGAAGAUAAAGUACCAGAUGCAGCACGUAAAAAAGAACGUGCGAGGGAACGAAUUCAGAAUCGUCGUUUAGAAGCUGAAAAGAAAAAAUCUUUAGAUAACCUGAGAGCUGCUGUUGUCUGCGUUUUGGGACAUGUAGAUACUGGUAAAACCAAGAUUUUGGACAAAUUAAGAAGAACGAAUGUGCAGGACGGAGAAGCCGGUGGUAUAACUCAACAAAUUGGUGCUACUAACGUACCAAUCGAAGCUAUUCAAGAAUCAACGAAGCAUGUCAAAGGUUUUGCUGACAUGAAAUUUAAAAUUCCUGGUCUCUUGAUCAUAGAUACACCUGGUCAUGAAUCGUUUAGCAAUCUUAGGAGCAGAGGGUCUUCUCUUUGUGAUAUAGCAAUUUUAGUUGUAGAUAUUAUGCAUGGAUUGGAACCGCAAACUAUAGAGAGUAUCAAUUUAUUGAAAGCAAAAAAAUGUCCUUUUGUUGUCGCUCUCAAUAAAAUUGACAGAUUAUACGAUUGGCAGACUAUGAAUCGUAAGGAUGUUCAAGAUAUAGUGAAGAAUCAAGAAUCUAAUACUCAACGAGAAUUCGAGAGACGGUCCAAGGACAUUAUUGUACAGUUUGCUGAACAAGGCCUGAAUGCGGCAGUGUAUUAUGAAAAUCCAGAUCCUAGAGAAUAUGUAUCAUUAGUUCCUACCAGUGCUAUAACAGGCGAAGGUAUGGGCAAUUUAUUGGCAUUAAUAGUCGAUGCCUGUCAGGGUCCUUUGGCUAAAAGAUUGAUGUACAGUGAAGAGCUUCAGGCAACCGUAUUGGAAGUCAAGGCAUUGCCUGGACUUGGCACUACGAUAGAUUGUAUUCUAGUCAAUGGAAUGUUAAGAGAAGGCGAUACGGUCAUCAUCGCUGGUACGGACGGACCUAUUGUAACACAAAUUCGUUCGCUUCUUAUGCCGCAACCAUUAAAGGAAUUACGAGUUAAGAAUGCGUACAUCGAACAUCGUGAAGUUAAGGCUGCUCAAGGAGUGAAAAUUGCCGCUAAAGAUCUAGAAAAAGCGAUUGCUGGAUUAAAUCUGCAAGUUGCACAGAAACCAGAUGAAGUGGACAUUAUGAAAGAAGAAAUAGCAAAAGAAUUAUCGAGUGCUCUGGGAAACAUACGACUAGCUGAACGAGGAGUUUACGUUCAGGCAUCAACCUUAGGAGCUCUUGAAGCGUUGCUGGACUUCCUGAAGAGUAGCAAGAUACCGUAUUCCGGUAUUCGUAUUGGACCGGUUGUUAAGAAAGACGUCAUGAAAGCUUCCAUCAUGUUGGAGCACGAUAGCCAGUACGCCACGAUUCUCGCUUUCGACGUGAAGAUCGAGAGGGACGCGCAAGAACUCGCGGACUCGCUGGGCGUCAAGAUCUUCCAGGCGGACAUUAUUUACCACCUGUUCGACAAAUUCACCAAUUACAGGGAGGAGCUGAAGCAGCGCAAGCGAGACGAGAACAAGCACAUCGCCGUGUUCCCGUGCAAGCUGAAGAUCCUGCCGCAGUACGUAUUCAACUCGAGGGACCCGAUCGUGAUCGGCGUGAUGGUCGAGGCUGGAAUCGUCAAGGAAGGAACGCCGCUCUGCGUCCCGAGCAAGGACUUCGUCGACUUGGGGAUGGUAACCAGCAUAGAAUACAAUCAUAAACCUGUAGAAUCGGCCAGGAAAGGCCAAGAGGUCUGCAUCAAAAUCGAGCCUGUGCCAGGUGAAGCGCCCAAGAUGUUCGGUCGUCACUUCGAGGCGAAAGACUUCCUUGUCAGCAAGAUAAGCAGACAGAGCAUAGACGCCUGUAAGGAUUACUUCAGGGACGACCUGCUGAAGACCGAUUGGCAGCUCAUGGUGGAACUAAAGAAGCUCUUCCAGAUACUCUAGGAUACGAUAAGGAUCGCGAUGGCGACAUUAUCCAAGGGCCUCUUGCUUUGCUAGGCGGCUGCUCGGCUGAGAAUGCACGUACUCGUUGAACCCGAGCGAACGUCUCUUCGACCGUCAUCGAGUCUUCUCGAGCGACGUCACCUCGACGUCGUCGCGAAAUACGCAUCGACGAACGCGGCAUGCUCGUGACAUCUAUUCCACAUUUCCCGAUCGACACCUGUCCCAUUUCCUCCUCGUGCAACCGAAAAAUCAUCGAAGAUUCCAUGACGUCGUCGAGGAGCAUGCCGCCGGAGAAGAGAUCCGAAGAUGGCGGUCUCCGUUCGUCGACGUCCUUCGAGAACGAUCUCGAGGACGAUCGACGGGAAAGAGAUGCGAUCGCGUCGGAUUUCCCGAUUGCGUUCGGAGUAUUUAUGGGGUACCGCGAAAGCGGGCACCAUCCCCGUAUCUCGCCGACGCGAAUAGGAAGACAGAUUCGAUAUCGGAGAGGAAGCUUCUUGGAAUUGUGCGAUCGCGGGAAGAAGAGAGGAUCACUCCGGAUGAGACGACAUCGCGGGUGGCAACGACGUUGUAGAUACGCGGAAAGGGGAAGACGGGGCCGCGGAGAGGGGAAGAGAAUGAGGGAGGAAAGGUGGAAGGUGGGGGUGAAGCUGAAGAAUGAAAUAAUCGCGCGCGAGAACCUCGUGUGUUUUGUAUAUGUAAUCUCUUUGUAUAAGAUAAGCGCAGUAUUGCGAUCGGAAAAUAAAGACUAUGCGUUUUCGCAAAAAAAAAAAAAGAAAAUAAAGGAGAGAGAUGGAGGGAAAAAAGAAAGUAUCUAUUUUAUGCGAUGAUGCUUUAUACUCGAGAA